GUUCAUCGGCUGCUGAAUGGGCAAAGGAAACUGAUUUUCCUGAUUGUUUGGAUCAGCAUUUGUCUGACAGUGAAUGUUACCAGGAAAGCAAAAGGUGGUCUUCACAGCCUCAUUUCUCUCCUGUGCAUCUGUCAGAUUCAAAACCGUUGUAUAGAACAUCCUCAUAUCCUGAGCAACCACAACAACUUCAGCGCUUCUCAAGCGAACCCAUUUUAUUGCCAAAGUCAUCAUUCACUUCUCUUCCUCCUCCAGGUGGAAGGUCUCAGCAAGCCUCACCAUACAUCCUAUCACAUCAUCAAAGCAUGCCAUCUCUUGCUGCUGGACCUCAGUCUCCCUAUUCAACUUCCAAUCUCUCCACACUGUCAAAUCCUAAUGUCCAUUUAGCAGGUUUGUCUCAUGGGCUCCAUUACAGUGGAAACAUGCCACAAUGGACACCUCCCGGUCUUUCUCUUGAUACCCGGCUGCAAAACCACUGGACUAGUCAUGCCAAUCUCAGCCAUGGGGAUCAUUCUAGACUAUUAAAUAGUAUAUCUCUACAUCAAUUUCCUCAGAAUGGGUUAUUGUCGCCUCUGUUAAUGUCUGCCCGGCAACUGCAGCAGCAAAGAUUGUACCAUUCAGUUCAACCAUCUUUAGCUCAUUUUUCGUCACUACCUUCCCAGUUUAAUUCCUUUCCUUCUCCUGCCCAUCCGGGUAA